GGUUGGUGCAACAUUCAGAGAAGCCGGAAGUUUUGAGAAACAGACCAAAACGGAUAAGAUAAACAAGUUACUGAUCCUGCUUCCAUUCGCUUUCUCAGCGCUGUAUGAAGCAACACUGGGUCUCAUUCACAAGACUUUCGAACACUGGGUGAAAGGAGAUCAACUUAAACCUCCGGGUUCGCGGGGAGAGUGCUGCGGCCGAACCGAGAAGCCUCCCGCUUUUCUAAGGGCGCCCUGGAGAUAACCUAUACAAAGACAAAGAGGAGACCUGAGUCCCCAACCACUCUCCCUGUUUGGUGCUGGGAUUACUGGAUUGUCACAGAAGCCACACUGUGAGAAACAGCCAUCAAGAAUGGGAGGAGCAAGCUCCAGUCAACAGGUGGCUGAGGCUGAGAAUGCCACAUUCUUAACAAAGGAAGAGCUCAACGAACUGAAGUCCGACUUUAAAAUAGGUGGAGUGGAAAAGGUUAAAUUUCUGAUAAAGUGGAAAGCAUCAGAACUGGAUAAGACAAACCUUAACAUUGCAGUGAUGGGAGAAACAGGUGCAGGAAAAUCCACCUUCAUCAAUGCCAUGAGAGGACUUCGGAACACCGAUGAUGGAGCUGCUGAAGUUGGGUGCACUGAAACUACAAUGGAACCAACUGGAUUUCCACAUCCCAAUUUCCCCAACGUCUGCUACUGGGACCUGCCAGGGAUCGGGUCUACAAAAUUUCCAGCUGAUAAAUAUCUCAAGCAAAUGAAAUUUGAAAGGUUCGAUUUCUUCAUCAUAAUAUCAGCUUGUCGUUUCAGAGAAAAUGAUGCAAAACUUGCUAAAGAGAUUAAACGGCUUGGGAAAGAUUUCUAUUUUGUCCGCACUAAGAUUGAUCAAGAUUUUUAUUCAAUGAAAAAAUGGGGAGGAAAUGGAAUCAGUAAGAAAGAAAAGCUGGAUGAUAUUCGGAGUAACUGUGUCAAUAAUUUGAGAGAAGCGGGGAUUCUAACCCCAACUGUGUUCCUGAUAUCCAGUUUUGAACAGGAUCGAUAUGAUUUCAAUCGGCUAAAUAAAACACUUGAAGAUGAUCUGCCGUAUAUAAAGAGAAGUGUCUUUGUUCUGGCCUAUGUAAACCGAAGUGUAGAGAUCAUUCAGCAAAAAAGCGAGAUGCUGCAGAAACGUAUCUGGAUGUUGGCAACACAUUUGACCAUCAUUCCUGACCUCACUUUUGCUUAUAAUUUCAGAAUACUGAUUGAGGCAAUAAUUCAUUUCCGUAAAUGUCUGGGUCUAGAUGAAGCUUCUCUUCAAAGACUGGCUAACAUUAAAAAUAAACCUGUGGAAAAACUUAAGGCAGUAGCUAAAACUCCCCUGCUGGGGGAAAGACAUGAAUAUGAAAUUAUGUGGCAAAUGUUGGAAGUUAAUUGUUACACCAUCCCUGUCCUUGGUUCCAUUUUUGGAACAGGAUCAUCAUUUCUCAUGACCUACACAAUACUGACCAAUGCACUGAAGGACCUUACAGAGAGUGCAGAGAGGGUGGUGAAGGUUGCAUAUGGCAUCAAUUAACUUGUCAGCAACAGCAUCAACACUGUGAGCUAAUGUUAUGCUGUGGUUAAUAUACUGAAGAGGCCUGUCACUGAACCCUGCUGUAAUUCUACAUGACAACUUUCCCCUUUGUUGCUUUCCUUUCUGAAAUAUUGCUUAUUCAUUUCUGAGGAACACUUGUGCCUGACCGAGGGAGUGCGACUCCGGGAAAGAAGACACGAAACAGGUGGACAUAAAUGAGAUGUGAUCCUAAUUUGAAGAGGAGCUGAGAAGUUAUCUCCAGGUGUCUGAAUGAUGCUCACUCGUCAAUCAAUAUCCAAGUAUCAGACUGUUUGGACAUUAUACAAUAUUGCUGUGUAUAAACUAAAGGCUGUGUUUUCCCUACAAUAUCUGUAAAGAUCUGAUUGUGACAUCAUUAAAGAGACAGUGGAAAGGCAUUUCAGGAAAUCAUUAAAGCAUGACUCCGAACUGAAGCACAACUCACAUUUAAAAGAGCUGUUGAAAUCACUAGGUCAAAAUGAAACAGUAGCCUGAGACACAACAGCAGACAGAGACAAUUGAGUUUCAGUCAGGAAUGAAAGUGAACGUGAACAAAAUUGCAGUGUCUGAACAGAAACCAGUCUGACCAAUCAAAUUGUGUGACUGUUGUGGCAAUGACUCACGUACACCAGACAACUGCAAGUUUAAAGUUGAAAAUUGCAGAAAAUGCAACAAAGUAGGUCACAAAGCAUGUCAAGCAGACAAAGAUAUAUAGACUGCAUAGGGAAGACAAAAUGAUAAAAAUUUGUCGCAGUUUCACGAAGAGCACAAAUCUGCAUGUUCAUGAAAAAUCUGACAAUAAUGAGUAGACAGGAUUUAUUUUGUGAAAACUGACAAGAGAAAAGCAGUAUGAAUCAGAAAUGAACAGAAAAUUAAUUAAUAUGGAAUAGCACAAUGCUUCAGCUAUUUCAGUCAUUUUACAAAAUCAGAUUGGAAGUCAUCUCAGAGAUAUUGAACUGAAGCCUGCAGACAUCCAACUAAAAAGUCAUCCUGGAGAAAGAUAACUCCUGUGGGAGUGACAUUUGUAACAGAUACAUUAACCAACAAGACACAUUGAGUUUGUACCUGGUAAAAACAGGAGGGCCAGCAGUGUGGGGAUGUGAGUGGCUGAGACAACUACAACUGGACUGGAGAUACAUCUUCCAUUUGCAUGCCACAUCCUCUGCCAUAGAGCCAAUUGCAAAUGAAUACUGAAAUAUUCUGGAUGAUGCCACAACUGUGUUCAAGGAUGGCACUGGAAAACUCAGACAUAUCAACAGUAAAAUACUGUUAUGCCACACCAAAGUGUUACAAAGCCCAUCCAGUUCCUUAUACUGUCUGCAAAAAAAGAUCCAGAUAACUAGAUCGGCUGGAGACUAUAUAAGUAUUUUCAAGGUUGCGUGGAGCCCAUAGGUAACAGCAGUAGUUCAAGUAGACAAGAACAAUGGGACUAAUAGGAUUUGUGGUGAUGUUAAGGUCACCACCAACCCAGUCCUGAAAGUAGAUCAAUGCCCUCUGCCCAGGAUAGAGGAUAUGUUUGUAAUCCUUUCUGGAGGGAAGUAUUUCAGCUUUGGGCUUCGCAGAGGCUGACCAACAGAUGGUGACGUCAGACACUGUACUCAUACAUUAUGAUCCACCUCAUCCAGUGAAGCUUGCCUGUGAUGCCUUGUCUAGAGGUGCAGAUGCAGUCAUGUCAACAGUUAUCAGUGAUGGAAGUGAACGCUCUGUAGCCUUUGUGUUACGUUUCCUGACCGCUGCAGAGAAAAUAAUGCACAGAUUGACUGAGAGACCUUGAGUCUUAUUUGGGGAGUAAAAUGGUACAAGCACUACCUGUGUGGGAGAGAGUUUACCAACCACUGAGAGAUUAUCAACCACUGGUGUCCAUUUUCAAUCCACUGAAUGGUAUUCUACUAACUUCAGCAGCACAAAUGCAAAGAAGGCCUUUGAUUCUUGGAGGACUCAAUUACAAGAUUGAAUUCAGGAGGAUGACAAAUCAUGGAAAUGCCGAUGGAUUGUCCCAUUUACACUUGGAAAAGGAACUUCCUAAAAACAACUUAGAAAAGAGGACACUCCUCUUGAUUAAGACAAAGCACAUCGGCAUUGCACCACCCAGCUACAAAUGGUUUAGUGGAGAGGUUUGUCCCGAGUCUAAAGACUGCACUGUGAUCAAUGUCAGCAGAACAAACUAUUCUAACACUGUAUCUGCCACCGAAAUAUGUGGUAGCUCACUGGUCAAUCAAAAGGCAAGGAAUUUGACCAAAAACAUAGCUAAUUACCCCUUUUCUGAAGCAAUCUGUGGUAAAUUUCCACUACAAACAGUGAAGAGGCAAACAAGGCAAAGCAAAUUCAUUGGAUGAACCAUAAUGGUACAUUGCAGAAUUUAGGCAAUGUAGUGAGGAAUUUGGAGAGGAGAUAUCAAGGCAGAGGAGUUUUGACAUCCACGCAACUGGCCAAUGUGCGAGGUUAGAUUGGUCUGGGCACUGAGCUAAUUUGGAGAAAUUGAGAGUGGCUUUAAGUCGGGCAGUGAAAUCUGCGCAUGGAGCAAGUUGCUAGGCAGCAUGGUCUACGCUCGGCAUCUUUCGCUGCAGAUUUGCCUGCAAAGGUUCUGUGUAUGGAUUUACAUAAGUUAGGAGACUAAAUAAAUAAUUAAGUGAAAUAGCCACUGCUCUACAUACCGUCCUUGCAGAUUUGGAGAAGAAGGAUACUUAUGUGAGAAUGCUGUUCUUUGACUACAGUUCAGCAUUCAACACCAUAGUUCCAUCCAGGCUUGACAAGAAGCUCAGAGACCUCGGCCUUGACCCUGCCUUGUGCAGCUGGAUCCUGGACAGAUCACCAGCAGGUUGUAAGACUGGGCUGCUUCACCUUCAAGCCUCUGACUCUCAAUACAGGAGCCCCUCAGGGCUGCGUACUGAGUUCCCUCCUUUACUUCCUGUAUACCCAUGAUUGCAUCACCACCAACAGCUCCUGCUAAUUAAAUUUGCCAAUGACACUACAUUGAUUGGCCUUAUCUCAAACAAUAACAAUGUGGCCUACAGGGAAGAAGUCAUCUCUCUGACACAGUGGUGUCAAGAAAACAACCUCUCCCUCAAUGUCGCAAAAACAAAGGAGCUGGAUUACAGGGGGAAUGGGGAUGGGCUAACCCCUAUUGACAUCAGUGGAUCUGGGGUUGAGAGGGUAAACAGCUUUAAGUUCCUCGGUAUCCACAUCAUUGAGGACCUCACAUGAUCUGUAUACACCAGUUGUGUGGUGAAAAACUCACAACGGCACAUCGUUCACCUCAGACUGUUGAGGCAGAUUGAUAUGGGCCCUCAAAUUCUAAGAAAUUUCUCCAGGGGCACAAUUGAGAGCACCCUGACUGGCUGCAUCACUGCCUGGUAUGGGAACUGUACCUCCAUUAACUGCAGGACUCUGUAGAGAGUGUUGUUGACAGCCUAGCGCCUCUGUAGUUGUGAACUUCCCAAGAUUCAGGACAUUUAAAAGGACAGGUGUGUAAAAAGGGCCUGUAGGAUCAUUGGAGGCCCAAGUCACCCCAACCACAGUCUAUUGCAGCUGCUACCAUCUAGGAAGUUGUACCGCAGCAUAAAAGUCAGGGUCAACAGGCUUUUACUACCAGGCCAUCAGACUGAUGAACUUGCACUGAUUUGAGUGCAUUCUAUAUUACAUUGACUGUUUUAUUUAUUAUAAAUUACUAUGAUUGCACAUUUAGAUUGAGAUAUAACGUAAAUAUUUUUACUCCUCGUGUGAAGCAUGUAAGAAAUAAAGUUAAAUCCAAUUGAA